AUGUCAUUUAAGCUAAAACCAACAAGACAGCUACAAACACUUAUUCAGUCUACUUCAAAAAAUGUAUUUGUACUCGAUCAAGAAAGUAGUAUAGUAAAUCAAAGAAAUAAUAUAGAAGAUCAAAGAAAUAGUAGAUUAGAUCAAAGAAAUAGUAUAUUAGAUCAAAGAAAUAGUGGACUAUAUCAAAGAAAUAGCGUACUAGAUCUAGAAAAUAGUAGACAAUAUCAAAGAAGUGAUAAAACUCAAUUUGUUAAUAGAGAACCUGAUUCUGAAACAUUUUAUAAUAAAUAUUUUAACUAUUCAGAUAAUGAUGUUGAUAGCAUUCUAAAUAUAAACAAUUCAUAUAAAAGAAAAGGCAAAUUUAUAAAUAAAGAACCAAAAAAAAGUAGAUUGGAUAAACGUUACUAUUUUUAUAAUGAAGAAGCUAUAAUUGGAUUUCUUGAGUCUCUUCAUAUAAUGGUUAAUACACUUACAGAUACAGUUAUUGAAAUGAGAAAAGAACAAAAUGAAAUAUAUGAACUUAUAAAACUACAGCAAAAAACCUUUGUAAAUCAAACACAUUCACAUAAAAAACAAUGGUUUUAUAAAACUAUUCGUAAAGCAAUUUGUGAAAAAAUGGAUACUAUAAAGUAUCCAUCAAAUGAACAACUUGAUAUUGUAUCAAAAAUGGCUCUUGAAAUUCAUAAUAAGGGUCAGCUUGAAGCUGUUCUUACAAACCUUUCAUGGAGAAGUCUAUGGAAUAAUAGUAUUAUAUCUGCUAGUAAGGUAAAGAAAGCACUAAUAGAAGUAUUUAGCAAAGAUUGUUUUCCACCAAUUGAGUAUGCACGUCCAUCAGCUGACCAAGUAAAUGCAUGGAAACAAAAAGAUACAAUUCAGAAAUGUUUUGAAGAUUUAUAA